UUGACGACCACCUUCUUUCGGUCUCACCACCUCCUCCCCUUCUUUUAUACCAGCUCCCUGUCCCCGUCUGAGGUCGCCAUCGUUCCCCCCGACCUCGACCCGGUUCAUCAUUUCUCGUCGCCGCCAAAAUGAGUUUCAACGCGACCUUCGCAUCGCCGAGCAGCCAUGAACCGACGGCCUCUGAGCUCUAUGCCAGCGCCGGCACAGACUUCUCGCAGCUCAACUGGAUGGAGCAGUUCUGGGCUUCAUGGUACCUCUACUUUGACAACCCUGUCAUCGCGACCGGUCUUGCCAGCUUCUUGCUUCACGAGGUAGUAUACUUCGGACGCGCUAUUCCUUGGAUCAUCAUCGACGCUAUGCCUUACUUCCGCCGAUGGAAGCUCCAACCAAGCAAAAUUCCGACGGCAGCGGAGCAGUGGGAAUGCACCAAGCUCGUCCUCUUCUCUCACUUCACCAUCGAGGGUCCUGCUAUCUUCCUUUUCCACCCAGUCGCCCAGGCUAUCGGCAUGGACACCUGGCAGGUUCCCUUCCCAUCAUGGAAAAUCAUGGCCCCCCAAAUCGCAUUCUUCUUCUUCUUCGAGGACAUGUUCCACUACUUCGCCCACGGCCUCCUCCACACCCCCAUGCUCUACAAGCACAUCCACAAGAUCCACCACAAGUACUCCGCACCCUUCGGUCUUGCUGCCGAGUACGCUCAUCCAGCUGAAGUCAUGAUCCUCGGUACGGGCACUAUCGCCGGCCCUCUGCUCUGGUGCUACUUCACGCGAAACCUCCAUAUCUUCACCGUAUACAUCUGGAUCGCCCUCCGUCUCUUUCAGGCCAUCGACGCUCACUCCGGCUAUGACUUCCCCUGGUCCCUCCAACACAUCCUCCCCUUCUGGUCCGGCGCAGAGCACCACGACUUCCACCACAUGGCCUUCGUCAACAACUUCUCCACCUCCUUCCGCUGGUGGGACCGUAUGCUCGGCACGGACGACAAGUACCGUGCAUACCGCGAACGCCUCAACACCGCGAUGAAAGAGGCAAAGGCGAAGGGCCUCACGCUCCAGCAGAUGAAGGACCUCGAGGAUAAAAUGAUUCAGCAGGCGGAGAUCGACGGUGUUAAGGCUGAGGCUGAGGUCGAGAGCAGGGCGAAGUGGGGAGGCGCGAAGUCGUUGAAGAUUCAGUAGAGUGUUCGGUUGUAUGUAUGGGUGUGGUCGGGGUCGAGGUAGGGGCUGGGGUGAUUUAUUGUUAGAUGGGUAAUGGUGACGAGGGAGGAUACUUAUAUUUUGGUAUGGUACUAUACACAAUCGCAUGAACUGCAUAUAUUUCGGAUUCU